UUUCUUGAUUUUUCAAACUGUCGUAAAUUUCAUAAAUUUCAUUAAAUUUUUCAGUCUCUCAACCUUAAUAUUGGCCAACUGCUAGAAUUGUUUUUUCUGAGGUUUUAUGUGGGACAGAUUAAUGAGAUUUGUGACGUCCCCUCCUCAUUGGAAAUUUAUUUUAAUAUCAGUUGUGUCUUGAUUCCCAGAGUAUCCGCACGGAAUUGGGGAGCCGAGCUCUUGGCCCCAAAAAUCCCCAUAGAAUGUCGUUGAGUGAUCCGCGCGUGAGUGGACGGAAGAGGCUACUGUCCGGAUUGAGCCGGAAGGGGCUGCACCCGAAGUGCGAAGAAGAGAAGUACCAUCGCUCUCCCACUGGAAGGGAAAAGAUGCUGCCGUCUACGAGGCCCCAUGUCGAUGGAUGUGACCCCACGGGCUCCGUGAGCAAAGGAAAACCCUUUCACUGCCGAGCCAAUGGCAGAAGAAGGGCAGAAGUGAGUACCCAAAGAUGGAAGAAGCUUCUACACUGCAACAUUCGUCGUGGGAGACGAAUUCUGCGUGCUGUGCGUCGCGAGACCGACGGUUGUGAAGAUGCCCUCCACCGAGAUGAGCUUCAGGAGAACACCGAGUGGAGGACAUGGAUUCCCUUUCGGGGAUGGGGAAAGUCCUCAAGCCUGGUGCCGAAGGAUGAGCAUCAGGAGAACACCAAGUGGAAGACAUGGAUCCCCUUUCGGGGAUGGGGAAAGUCCUCAAGCCUGGUGCCGAAGGAUGAGCAUCAGGAGAACACCAAGUGGAAGACAUGGAUCCCCUCUCGGGACUGGGGAAAGCAGCAUCCAGAGAACACCAAGUGGCUGACAUGGAUUCCCUCUCGGGAAUGGGGAAAGUCCUCAAGCCAGAUGCCGAUGGAUGUCAAUGGGACGUGGCGUGCGAGGACACUCGCAGAAGAGACAGGAAUCAGCGAAAACCUGUAUCAAAGUAUCCGCACGGAAUUGGGGAGCCGAGCUCUUGGCCCCAAAAAUCCCCAUAGAAUGUCGUUGAGUGAUCCGCGCGUGAGUGGACGGAAGAGGCUACUGUCCGGAUUGAGCCGGAAGGGGCUGCACCCGAAGUGCGAAGAAGAGAAGUACCAUCGCUCUCCCACUGGAAGGGAAAAGAUGCUGCCGUCUACGAGGCCCCAUGUCGAUGGAUGUGACCCCACGGGCUCCGUGAGCAAAGGAAAACCCUUUCACUGCCGAGCCAAUGGCAGAAGAAGGGCAGAAGUGAGUACCCAAAGAUGGAAGAAGCUUCUACACUGCAACAUUCGUCGUGGGAGACGAAUUCUGCGUGCUGUGCGUCGCGAGACCGACGGUUGUGAAGAUGCCCUCCACCGAGAUGAGCUUCAGGAGAACACCGAGUGGAGGACAUGGAUUCCCUUUCGGGGAUGGGGAAAGUCCUCAAGCCUGGUGCCGAAGGAUGAGCAUCAGGAGAACACCAAGUGGAAGACAUGGAUCCCCUUUCGGGGAUGGGGAAAGUCCUCAAGCCUGGUGCCGAAGGAUGAGCAUCAGGAGAACACCAAGUGGAAGACAUGGAUCCCCUCUCGGGACUGGGGAAAGCAGCAUCCAGAGAACACCAAGUGGCUGACAUGGAUUCCCUCUCGGGAAUGGGGAAAGUCCUCAAGCCAGAUGCCGAUGGAUGUCAAUGGGACGUGGCGUGCGAGGACACUCGCAGAAGAGACAGGAAUCAGCGAAAACCUGUAUCAAGUAACUAUGUUUCAUGUUUAACAAUUCUCGUCGAAUGACGAGUGGCGCCCAACAUAAAAGUCAUUUAAAGUAACUUGUAGAAAUCUAAAUUAAAGUUCUUGCUUUUCUUUUUCUUAAAUAAUUUAAAUUAAAAAUGCUAAUUAAAGUUGCCUACUUGUGGAUAAAAGAAAUGAGUUAAUUCUUGCCCAUUUUAAUCAUGAAAAUUGAAAGUCCAAAAUAAAAUUUAGUAGUGCAAAAGUAUAAAGAAAA